AAAGAUGUCGUUCCAGAACCAGUCAAGUGUUCUUCAUAAAUUCAAGGGGAUUCUCUUUUCUACUAUGUCUUCAGAAGAACUUCUAAAUUCCCUGGAUUUUUUCAAUGCAAGAGAAGAUGAUGUGUUUCUGGUGUCCUAUCCAAAAUCUGGUACUCACUGGAUUGCGGAGGUCAUUGGGAACAUUCCCAAUGCUCGAAUUAAUCUAACGUCUCCUAUCGAGUUGGGAGACAUUUCUAAACUUGACGAGCUAAAAAUGAACUGUAAGAGAAGAGUUAUUCCCACACAUUUGAGCUACAACAUGCUACCGGUGAAUAUUAAGCAAAAACAAUGCAAGAUUAUCUACAUCGUUAGGAAUCCAAAAGACACGGCUGUUUCUUUAUUCCACUACUACAGAGAUAACCCGAAUCUCCCUGGCAUUGAAACCUGGGCUGCAUUUUUCGAGCUUUUCCUAAGAGGAGAUGUUGUUUAUGGAUCCUGGUUUGAUCACGUUUUAAGCUGGGAAGAGCACAAAAAUGACAAAAACAUUCUAAUUAUAUUCUAUGAAGAAAUGAAGAAAGAUCUUUCUAAAAGCAUCAAGAAAAUAACUACUUUCCUUGGUAUAAAUGUGAGCGACAGUGAAAUUAAUAAGAUUGCUCAGAAAACGUCAUUCAGUGAAAUGAAAAAUAAUGCAGCCAAAGAAAACUGUGAUCCAAAUCAUACCAUCUGCGCCCUCACAUCUAACAGGAACCUGGUAUUUAGAAAAGGAGCGGUGGGUGAUUGGAUAAACUACUUUACUUCAAAGCAGAGGAGAGUAUUUGAUGAACUAUUCACGGAGAAAAUGAAACACAGUGAACUAGCAAGACACUUUGAAGAUUACUCUUAAUAUAAAUGGGAAAUGAAACCACUUUCCAGGGGCACCUGGGUGGCUCAGUGGGUUAAUCAUCUCCCUUCAGAUCAGGUCCUGAACCCGGGGGUCCCCUCGGGGAGCCUGCUUCUCCUUCUCCCCCUGCCCUUCCCCCCACU